AUGCGACCAGGCACGUCCUUUACCAGCCUUACCAGUGCGAUCAUCGCAUCUCUCACGAUUUCAGGACUUGUUAGCAGCGUUAGUGGGGUCUGGACGUGCCCCAGCGAGCGAGAGCCCUUCUGCUGUGCUAAGCACUCGAGGGUCAAUGAUACGUCAGAUGCGUUUGUUGGGACGGGGUGUGUCGAUGCACCCAGAAACGAUAACUGUACUAAUGGGAUUCCUGUUGAAUGUUGUAAGCCGUUGACACCAGAAUCACCAAAGGAUUCCUGCUCAGCAUCAAAUUCAAAUGAGAGGUUUUAUUGCGAUAGCAAGGCCAUCGGAUACACUGCUUGA